AUGUCCAAUCCGGCGGAUCUUCCCCCGGAGCUCUUCAGCGCCGUGCUGGAUCUGGCUCUUCAAGACGAGUCAGAUGUUCGACGCCUCUGCGGCCUCUCCCUCCUCAGUCGCCGGUGGUAUACCGCAGUUCUGAGUCGAAUCUACUCGGAAUGGACAUUCAAUGGUGCCAGACAGUCGUUCAUGACUCUCUGGAACUUCCUACGAACAAUGCGUCGCAACCCCAACCUAGCAACCUUAGUGCGAACAUUGCAUAUUGGCAAUUGGGGAUUCUUUGAUCAUGCCUAUACUCCCUGUCAUGAUCUUCAGCUCCCUUCGGAUGAACUUGAAUUGGUGAGAAAAGCCGUCCAUGAUGCAGGUAUCGGCCAUCUAGAAUCCAGUAUCUUGGAAAGCUUGCCUAAGCGAGAUCGUCGACCGCUGAUGGCACUCCUUUUGACGUGUUUGCCGAACCUUUCAACUGUAUAUGCCCACGUGCCACGGUCUGAUCCUGUUCUGUAUGCGGUACUUGAACAGGCAAACAUUCAGCAGAAAAACGGGAAUCCAUCGUCCGCACUUUGUCGGAUCGAGGAGAUGUAUCUACUUCAGGAAGUGCCUGUUUUCCCGCGAAUGCCAGAGCAAGAUUCCGAUGAAGAUUCCGAAUAUUCCGACGAGGAGCGUCUUGAUGAGGAACUAGAUGUCCGUCGAAGGUCGAGUUCCCUGCGCUUCGACGGUCUAUGGCCCAUUUUACAGUUACCGAGCUUACGAACAAUUCGUAUGUAUGAUGUCGAUACGGAUAAAGCCUUACUUAGGCUUCCCAGUGCCUUGAAAAGCUUCUCGUUCCACUGGCGAGACGACAUAUGGGAUGAGGAUGUACCCGUGAUUACCAAACCCGAUGUUUGGAAAUGUCUAUUGGCGCAAAAGUUAAGCCUUGAAAUGAUUGAUUGCUAUUGCGACGGAUUUAUGUCUAUCAAGCGGGGUCGAUUUGGUCUCUUGCGUGACUUUCCGAAUCUGAAGCAUGUCAGCCUUGAAGUAGAGACAUUACUUGGUGGCUGCGACGACGACUUGAUCCAAGUUCCCUUCCUUCCCAAAGAGACCCUGCCACCCAAGCUCGAAUCAUCGACACUAUACGGAUUCAAAAAUUAUGACAUCACCCCAGAGUUGCCUGAGCAAUUGCAGGAAUUGGUCAGCUCAGAUUUCCCUUGCCUGAGAUCCAUUGUAUUGGAGAAUGGGGGAAGCAUUUAUGGCAAUGAAAGUGGGGAAAUCAAAGCUUCUUACCAAGCCCUCGAACGGAAAUGCAAGGAGAGCGGCGUGGAAUUCCGAAUCCAACAAGGCAAUCAGCUUCGGCGAGGUGGGAUCUGUCGAGAUCUAUGGGAAAAGACGCUUUUUAUGCAAGACGAUGGGAAUGAACGCGCAGAGUGGUUUGGAUUCGUGCCUAAAAGGUUCCGGGAUCUUCGAGAGCUCCUUCUUCGCCCAGCAGAUUCCAUUGAAGAAGACGACGACGACGACCUGGAUAGCAGAGAUGAAUGGGGGCCCUAUGGCGCGAAACCAGGAAGACCAACAAGAGUGAAGGUCCACACUGUCCCAUUCACAGAUCAUUCCGGAAAGAUCGCCUACAUGGUCUUUCAGAACCUUGUAGAACUCCCACUGCCUCCGCUGUUUUCCUUUGCCAUUUACUUCACCCACGCCGACGCAGCCCCAGAGCAUGUUGACAUGACGGGCUUAUACGAUCAACUCACAUCCGGACCUGAAAUCGAUGUCCGAUUCGAUCUAUACUUUCUUCCCGGAGCCAGCCAGGAAGACUCUACAAGGAGCAGAUCCGGAUGGUCCAGGGAUGCAAUCGCAACGAGGUCCACCCGCCCUCCCGGCACCACGGGCCAGCUGCCCGGCAUGGUGUAUAAAUACCACGGGAUGUCGCCCUACCGCGGGUUAUUGUAUAUCUGCCCGGAGAGAAACUGGCGCGACGGCCAGCUUACCGUGGAUUGUGUCUCCUUUGACCCGCGAGCGACCUCAAAGGAGCAUGAUCCAGUGCAAGUCCGAACCCGUCCAUUGAGCAAUGAUAGCCCGAUCUUCGACGAUGACGAUGACUUUCGACACAAUGUUAGCCAGGAGAUGUUUGAAAUGGCGCAUUGGAAGCGCGAUGAUGCUCUUGGUCCCUGGCAGAAGGCUACUAGCUGGGGCUGGUCGACCUGGUAA